AUGUCUGAUGAUCCAAGCCGCCCCAGAGAAGACGCGAAAGUUGUAUAUGCAUUCCCACUGAAAGAGGUUCCUGGCAAGACUAUCGUGGGUGUAUACGCUACGUACCCUCCAGGCGGCUGGACUCCACCUCACACCCACGCAAACGGCUCUAUCUCUGUUUAUAUCAUUAGCGGCAAGGUGAAAAGCCAAUUAAACUAUGGGGAGACGACGAUUAAGUCUGCUGGUCAAUCCCACUAUGAGCCUCCAGAAACCCAUGUCACGAUCGCUGAAAAUCCAAGCACGACAGAGUCGUGUGUGUUUUUCUUUACGGAAAUUAUUGAUACGAAGGUGUGGGAGGAGGAGGGGCAGGACGCACUCUAUAAGCUUGAUCCAGGGUAUGAAUGA